AUGCUUCCAACACGGAGCGCGGCACGCGCCGCCCGGUGCUUUCCCAGAAGGCCAAUCUGCAUUCAACAGGCGCGCGCGCUCUCGACGACCGCACCGUCCGGCGCCGUAGCUGCGACCUCGACCGAGCCGAGCUCCUCCCCGAAGAAGCGCAAGCCGCUCACCAAGGAACAACGCGAGUUUCUCGCCUCUGCUCUCCGCGUCAACCAGGCCGGCGAGCUCGCCGCCACCCUCAUCUACACUGCCCAGACGCCGCCGCUGGUGCGCCAACACCCGCACCUCCGUCCCCUCAUGAAGCACAUGUACGACCAGGAGGUCGGCCACUUCGAUACUUUCAACGAGCUUAUCCGGCGGCACCGCGUCCGGCCCACGGCUCUGUACCCGAUCUGGUCUGUCCUCGCCACCGGGCUCGGCUGGUCCACCGCUGUCAUGGGCCGCGAGGCCGCCAUGGCCUGCACCGAGGCCGUCGAGACCGAGAUCGGCGGCCACUACAAUAACCAGAUUCGCGUCCUGCUCGAGAUGAUUACCGGCUGGGAGGCCGAGGGCUACGAAGUUGGAGACGAGAUACGGCAGCUCGUUUCCACACUACGGAGGAUACGUGACGAGGAGCUCGAGCACCUGGAUCACGCCGUCGAGCACGACGCCAAGAAGGCAGAGCCGCAUUGGCUCUUGACAGGCGUUAUAAGAGCUGGCUGCCGAGGCGCCAUCUGGGUUAGCGAGCGUGUAUGA